AUGUGGGGAGAAGUUCGAUCAUCAGCUCUUGCCAAUUAUGGUGCUAUCGCCACGGUGAUAGCAAUGUCCAAGUUGCACCACGUCCCCCGUGUUUGCUCCCUUGCAGGCUGUUUUCUUGCUCGAAAGUGGAUAGCCGGUGGCAAAUGUUACAGUAAGGUUCGUCUGGAUGGAAAGACAGUGGUAAUUACUGGUGCUAAUACUGGUAUUGGAAAAGAGACGGCACGUGACAUGGCUCGUAGAGGGGCUCGGGUUGUGAUGGCGUGCAGGGACUUGACGCGGGCAGAGACGGCAGCCGAACAGAUACGCCGUUCGACCGGAAAUGGAAACGUUGUCAUUAGGCAUCUAAAUUUGGCUUCUCUAUAUUCCGUCCGUGAAUUUGCCAAAGAGUUUUUGGCCACAGAGGAGCGACUUGACAUCCUUAUUAACAAUGCAGGUGUCAUGAUGUGCCCAAAAUGGAUCACGGAGGAUGGUUUGGAAACACAGCUGGCUGUCAAUCAUUUGGGACACUUUCUUCUGACAAAUCUCCUCUUGGGCAUUCUCGUGAAAUCAGCCCCAAGUCGGGUGGUGAAUGUGUCCAGCAUUGCCCACGUUGGAGGCAAGAUUGAUUUUGACGAUCUGUUUUUUGAUGAAAGACCAUACAGCGCACUAGUCAGCUACAGACAGAGCAAGCUGGCCAACGUUCUGUUCUCCAGAGAGCUCGCCAGGAGGAUGAAAGGUAAAGGAGUCACGUCCUAUAGCCUCCACCCGGGGGUCAUACGCACGGAGCUCAGUAGACAUGUGGAGUCAUCAUACCCAUUUCUUAAAAUGUUACUGUCUCUACCCUCCUUUCUGUUAAUGAAGACCCCAUGGGAGGGGUCUCAGACUACCAUCUACUGCGCGGUGACCGAGGGUCUUGAGAGCAAGUCAGGAUGCUAUUUCAGUGACUGUGCUGAGAAGCAGGCAGCUCCUGAGGGCAGAGAUGAUGAGGCAGCCAGGAGGCUGUGGGAGGAGAGUGCUCGUCUAGUUGGGCUCACAGAGAAGAAAUGA